UAAAGUAUAAUAUGGCUGAGUUUAUAGCUGCAAAACCAGUUUUAUAAGCCGUUUUAGUCCAAAUAUAUGUGACAUGUAAGAGAGCCGUCUGCGUCCGCGUCCCGAGCCCGAGACGAGCGCGAUCGCGAUCCCGCGGUGGCGUUGGUGGCGUCAUUCUCGGUGGCGUUGGUGGCGUUAUUCUCGGUGGCGUUGGUGGCGUCAUUCUCGGUGGCGUAGGUGGCGUCAUUCUCGGUGGCAUUGGUGGCGUCAUUCUCGGUGGCAUUGGUGGCUGUUGUGAUUUUGUGACAUGACCUUUUAUACGUACCUUUUUAUGACAAACGUUUUAAUGGUUAUUGUCAUUAGAUAUUGUAAUUCUUUUGACUUAGUAAGAAGGGAAAAUGAAAACGUGCGCAAGAGCGAGUACUACGACAAGGCGAUCCGGCCGGUGCUGCAGGCGUGCGCGCUGGAGUGGGACCGCUGGGGCGUGCGCGCGCUCGACCUGCGCCUCUACUCCAGCAAGCCGCACCUCUACCCGCAGUUCGACAACGACGUCUACGACUGCGUCUGGGGCUGCUUCUUCCUGCGCAUGGGCUGGGUGAGCGUGUGCUGGGCUCGGUGGGGGAGGGGAGUUCGACAACGACAUCUACGACUGCGUCUGGGGCUGCUUCUUCCUGCGCAUGGGCUGGGUGAGCGUGUGCUGGGCUCGGUGGGGGAGGGGAGGUGGGGCGUGCGCGCGCUCGACCUGCGCCUCUACUCCAGCAAGCCGCACCUCUACCCGCAGUUCGACAACGACGUCUACGACUGCGUCUGGGGCUGCUUCUUCCUGCGCAUGGGCUGGUUAGAUGACUUGGAAGGGUGGUUCAACCCGGCCGUGGUGGUAGAAGAGAUGGACAAGUACCUCGAGCACUGGAGGAUCCCGCGAAUCACACUAAUGACCAGCCGGUGCAUCUAUGUGAAUUACCCUCACAGCCCGCUGGACGGCCCCGUGCCGGACUGCGAGCAGGCCCGGCUGCUGAAGGAGUGCCUCAUCAGCGAAGACGUCCAGGACGUGACGGCUCGGAACAAGGCGCAGCUGAUCGACACGCUGGUGAGCUGGCUGCGCGUGUGCGCCGACCUGGAGGGGCUGCCGCUGCACGCCGUGCUGGCGCGCGCCGCCCGCCCGCCGCGCGUCUCCCCGCCGCACGGCGACCCCGCGCCGCCCGCGCUGCAGGGCUGCGUCUGGUGCUGCCUCUUCGUCGACAUGGGCUGGAUGGAUGAUGACCACGGAUUUUUCAUCUUGCCUGUCAUGUCCGAGAUGAUAAGGAUGUAUUACUACAAAACUGACUUAAUACCGCAACUAAUCAAGGAAACUACUGAAUGCGCCGAAGCCGCCAACCGCUUCCACGAGAACCCGGACAUCGACACGCGCCCGCACGGCUGCGACCGCUCGCAGCUCUUCGUCGACUGUCUCGUCAACAACUUCUUCAACAAGCUCAAGUCGCCUUGGUUCACCAAGAAGAAGAUGAUCAUCAGCAUGAGAGCCGACAACUCGAGCUCCAGCCCCGCCCCGCGCCGCCGGGCUCGCUGGCGCCCCCCGCCGCGCGUGCGCCUGCGCGCGAGGCUCGCGCCAGACGACUCCAUCUUUGUCCAGGUGAAGGUGGCGGCGACGCGCACAUGAGCGUUGAGCACGUUUACAAAAAAAAAAAACACAAACUUAGCUGAGAACAAACAAACAUUAAAUAAAUCCC